CCAGCCUCCCACGGGUCUCCCCACAGCCCUACCUCCCUCUCGCCUUCCCCUUCUCUUUUCACACACAGGACGCCCAGACACCCUCCGGCUCAGACAUGCUGCCGCUGCUGCUGCUGCCGCUGCUGUGGGCGGGGUCCCUGGCUCAGGAUCCGAGAUACCGGCUGGACGUGCAGCCGUCCGUGUCGGUGCAGGAGGGCCUGUGUGCCUGCGUGCCCUGCUCCUUCUCCUAUGCCACGGACGUCUUCAGUGGUUCUAGCCCUGUUCACGGCUUCUGGUUCCGGGAAGGGGCCAAUGAAAUCGUGGAUGCCCCCGUGGCCACAAACAAAUUAGAUCGUCAAGUUCAGGAGGAGGCCCAGGGCCGAUUCCACCUCCUCGGGGACCCCAGGAACAACAACUGCUCCCUGGAGAUCAGAGACGCCAGGCAGAGCGACAGCGGUUCCUACUUUUUUCGUAUGGAAAGAGGAAGUAUCAAAUGGGGUUACAAGUCUGAACAGUUCUUCUUGAAUGUGACAGCCCUCACCCACCAGCCCCACGUCCUCAGCCCAGGGGCCCUGGAGGCUGGCCGCCCCGGGAACCUGACCUGCUCUGUGCCCUGGGCCUGCGAGCGGGCCAUGCCCCCCAUCUUCUCCUGGACGUCCGCUGCCCCCAGCUCCCUGGGCCCCAGGACCCCCUUCUCGUCGGUGCUCACCCUCACCCCACGGCCCCAGGACCACGGCACCAGGCUCACCUGCCAGGUGAAGUUCCCCAGAAGCGGGGUGAUGGUGGAGCGGACCAUCCUGCUCAAUGUCACCUUCCCAGGUGCUCCACAGAGACCAGUGACCAGAGACUUCCAAAGAAACAGCACAGAUUUUCAUCGUCCCAGAGGGAAGCCUGAUGCCCAUGAAGUAGUCACUCACCACACUGUCCUCCCCAGCCCUGGACAACCACUGACCUGCUGUCCAUGUCCAUGGAUCUGCCUAUGGGGGACAUUUCAUACAAGUUGAAUGUUACAAGACUGUGGCCUUUUCCAUGUGGCUCCUUUCUCAUAAAAAAACAUUUUCCAGGAUCACUCAUUAAGCAUGUAUCAGUAUCAGUUUCUUUUUGUCUGAACAAUAUUUCAUUGCAUGGAUGGACCAGCUUCUGGUUUACCUGUUUAGCAGUGGAUGGACAUCUGGGUUAUUUCUACUCUGGGGCUAUUACAAUGCUGCUAUGAAUGUGCUAUACUUUUUUUUUAAUCAUUGACUGCAGUUUUCUUGGGCAUAUACCUAGGAGUGAAAUUGCUGGGUCAAAUGGUAGAUUCUACAUUUAAAUUUCUGAGGAAAUGUCAGCUGUUUUUCACACUGGCAGGACCAUUUUAUGUUCCCACCAUUAGUAUAUGUUGGCUCCAAUUUCUCCAGAUCCUUGUUGAUGUUGAUAUUUUCCUUUAAAAGUGCAAAAGAAAUUUGGGUGUGAAGAAAUAUCUCAUCAUGAUUUCAAUUAUGUUUAUGGAGUGAGUAAUGAUGACAUUCCUUUUUUAAAAUGAAAUUAUUGGUCAUUUGGAGAAAUUUUUUAAUCCGUUGUUCCAUUUUUAAAAUUGCAAUGUUUGUCUUUUUGUUGUUGAAUUGUAAGAUUUUUUUAAUAUAGGCUGGGUACUACAUACAUAUCAAAUCUAUGAUGUGCAAAUAUUUUCUCCCAUUAGAUGGUUGGCUUUUCACUUUCUCAGUAGUGUCAAUUGAUAAACAGAUUUUUCGUUUUCA